AUGGCCGCCCCUGGUGAGACAAACUUUGACCAAAUCUCACAGAAAAUCUCUCCUGCUGAAGUGUUCAAACUGGUUGACUCUCCAAGUGCCCAGUUGCCUCAAGGUGUUCAAAAAAGUCAAGAUCCCAGCCCUCCUGACAAAAAUCAUGGUCAACCUCUAGAAGAAGAUCAUCAGUCAUCAGAGAAUCAGCCCAAUGGCUCAUCUGCCAACCUCCAAGCUCCAAACAGCCAAAACAACAGCACUAAAACUACCUCUUCUGUGCCACCCCCACCCCCAAACGAUUCAACCAGUCAACCCACAGCAUCAACAGACCCACUCACAAAUCUCACAAUGCUCAAGUCAAGAAAUGCAAGAAUUUCAGUUGUCAAAUAUCCAUCAGCAUCUCCCUUGAGCUAUCUUCCCUCAGCCAAUGACUUCUUAGCUUCAUUGCCAAAUGACCAAUGGAACUUCCCUGACGUCAUUGAUUUCCCCCUGAUUGCGCUGUAUUCCCAAUUGGAAAAGUCUGGAUCCUCCAAGAAAUUCAUUUCUCCAACCAACAAAACUAAACAUCCUGAGUCCACCAUCAUACACUUCCUCCACCAACUUCAAAGUCCACCCCCUUCAGUCAUCUCCAAAUGGGCAAAAAUCAUUGCAGCUUCUGUUGAGGUCAUGGCAUUCAAUCUCUACACCCCACCUCCUCCAACCCCAGAUACUGAUGACAACCCAAUCAAUCAAGGGCUUCAAUUUCUCCAAUGGCUUGAGGGACUGAAGAACUCACUAUCAACUUUUGAAACACCUAGAGAGACCCAACCGACCUCUGCUGCCCCUGAAGGGGAAGUUGUCCUGCGCUCUCACACUAUUGAUGUUUUGAAAGACUUCUCAAAGGUCAUAAUCAAUGUCUUCAUGGGCUACAUCAUAUUCCAGGUUCAUGCUCUCAGCCCACCUCCCUUAACAAACAGCCAAAUCAAGAAGCAAGCCCCAGCUCCCCAAGAAAAUUCUGCCUUUGCUGUUACUCAAAAAACAACUGGAGGAGCUUUCACAACAACCUCUACCUCCACCAAGCAACUGAAGUCAAUCCAGUCCCAACAUAACUUCCAGCCCCUUACAUACUUCCUUAUUGGUGGUGUUCGAGGCCUCUUGUCUGUUCCAGGAAUCACCGUACAUCUCCAGCAUCAGAAU